UGGUACACCCGAAAGUAGCUCUAUGAGCUGAUCAAAACGAAACGAAAGUAAUUGCGAAAUAUUAUUUUUUAUUUUACAUAACCAUAAAUCUCAUCGAGUUUUUUUGUGAUAGACAAUUGUGUUAAUCGUUUAAAUUUGUAUCGAUAUCUAUAAUAAACAGUAAAUAGCAGUGCAACUCUUGAGUAUAUUAUAACGUAGCUUAUAUAAUCAAUAAUUCAAUAGUGUAACUUUAAACAUGGCAUCUAAAGGGAUAAUGUUUAGUACAGUUGGAAAACUUCGAAAUUUUUCCUCCAUCAAACGCAGUUUCACAGCUGGAAAAAUAAUUUACAAUAAACCACCGAGCUCAACUCCAUCUGCCCCCUUACUUGAUGUCCCUGGAUUGUCUGAGGCUUGUGUUAAAGUCACAUCCCAACCUGUGGGACCGGGAGCUGCCAAAAAUACUGCAUAUAAAAAUCCAGAAUAUUUCUGCUAUGAUAAAAACAGUUACUUUGAGGCUGAAAUUGAGAUGUUAAAAUAUCGUUGCCCACAACCAUCUAAGCAUAAACCAUUCUUUCAAAAUAUACCAAAGUAAUAUAAUUUAUAUAAAUAGUAAAGGACUGUAAAUAAACUUCUGUGAGUAU